GAUAAAUGAUAACGGUGCGACGGCAGGUUUUCAGGCAUCAGUUUCACAAAUUUUUCACGUUCACUCGUAUGAUCGUGGCCAUAUCGUAUCGGACGGCUGGCCUCUCGAUCGUAUGAUUUCCCACUAUUAGCCACUCGUUUUAUUAAACAUUGUUUCCUUCAAUAUCCGUUUUACCUCUGGUCCGUCUUAAUCCAUUGUUGAACAACAGAGGACAUUCGAACGAACGACAUACGUUUUUAACGAACACUACAAGACGUGUUCUUCUGUUCUGUUAAGGUUGUAGUGGUGGUCAUUUAAGCCUAUUCAAGUGAGUAUCUCUAAUAUGGCUCGGGGUCAGCAGAAAGUGCAGUCGCAGGCCAAAGCGGCCGAGAAACUAGCAAAGAUGAAGAAACAACAGGGACACAGUGCCAACGAACAGAAGAAAGCCGCACAGAAGGCCUUAACUCAUGCCUGCUCCAUUUGCAAAGCACAGAUGCCUGAUCCUAAAACAUAUAAACAACACUUUGAAAACAAACAUCCAAAAAAUAUUAUGCCCGAUGAACUAAAAGACAUUUGAUGAAUAUAUCAUGACCAAUAAGAUUUUAAUUGCGUGUACAAAUAUCUAAAAAAAAGUAAUAUUAAAAUUUUCUAAAUACUGGAUUUAA